AUGUUUCACAGGGCUAGCAUCUUAUUGUCAAAGUCAAAGCUAGGUAUAGGGAAGUCUACUACACUAUUCCCCUCAGCUUUCCCUGUACGUUCUAGAAUAUCCUCGUCAUUAUUUAAACAAUGUCAAAUCAAAUUUUCAACUUCAUACAACCGCGCUUUCCAAACCAAAAGAGCAUACUCCACUAUAUCAUCAACAUUUGAGUCAGCUUCUAAAGCUACACGUGCAGCUCAUAGAACCAAGCCAGAUGUUGUUCCCCCCAAAUCAGUGGGAUAUUGGUUAGUAGGGACAUCAACUUUAAUUUUCGGGAUAGUUGUUUUGGGAGGUCUUACAAGACUUACUGAAUCUGGUCUUUCCAUCACUGAGUGGAAACCUGUCACAGGUUCAAUUCCUCCACUAAAUGAACAAGAUUGGAUAAAUGAGUUUACCAAAUACAAAGACUCACCCGAGUUUAAACAAUUGAAUUCACACAUCACAUUGGAAGAGUUUAAAUUUAUCUUUUUCAUGGAAUGGAGCCACAGAUUAGUUGGAAGAUGCAUUGGUCUUUUUCUUAUAAUCCCAGCAGUGAUAUUUUAUGCAAGAAACAAGUUUACUCCGAGACUUACUAAAAGAGUCAUUGGCUUGACGGGUUUAUUAGGUUUACAGGGAGCCAUUGGUUGGUGGAUGGUUAAAUCGGGGUUGGACGAAGAACAAUUGGCUGAAAGAAAAUCGAAGCCAACUGUAUCGCAGUACAGGUUGACUACUCAUUUGGGAGCUGCAUUCUUGAUGUAUCUUGCAGUAUUGUAUACUGCAUUUGAAGUUUUAAAUGAGAAUAAAUUGAUCACCAUGAUCAAAAAGGGUAAGGGCCAAGCUGUUGAAACUAUUCUCGGGCAAUUGCAAAAUCCGGCAUUGAGGAACACUAGAUUAAUAGCUUUGGGUUUGUUAAUUUUGACAUUUGUAACUGCAAUGUCUGGUGGUAUGGUUGCCGGUUUAGAUGCUGGUUUGAUAUACAACACGUUCCCUCAUAUGGGUGAUGAUUGGAUUCCAAACAAGAACGAGCUUAUGUCAGAUGUAUUUUCACGUAAGCUGGAUAAAUCGGAUUUGAUAUGGAGAAAUUGUUUGGAAAAUCCAACUACUGUACAACUCAUUCAUCGAAUUUUUGCAACAACUACAUUCUUUGCAGUGUUAGGAGCACAUAUGUAUGUCAACAAGAGAAAAGCAAUUAUUCCCAAGACGGCAAAAUCCAUGAUGCAUGCAACAAUGGGUUUUGUAGCAUUGCAAGUUACAUUGGGAAUUAGUACUUUGAUUUAUCUUGUACCUAUACCUUUGGCUGCUGCCCAUCAAGCAGGUGCUUUAGCAUUGUUGACUGCGGUGUUGGCAUUCUGUGCAAGGUUGAAGAAACCUAGACCCGAAUUUGCGAGGUAUGCAAGAAGCCUAAUAACGAAGAGAACGGUAUGA